AUGGGACUCAAGAGCAAAUGGCGCAUUGGAGGGAGGAAGCCGUCGAGCAGCUCCGGCGAGAACGACACCACAGGAAGCCUCACGCCGACAGACAGCGAAGGCCCGGAUCUUGUCAAGACCCAAUCACGCUUCAUGCGAACCCUGACGGGGGGCUUCAAAUCGAGUAAAGCGAAGAAGAGAACUACCGAGGGUGACGCAUAUGCUCACUUGAACCGCCCCUUUACUCAGCAAAAUCUGGAACACCAGAAACUAUUGAGCUCGUUUGUGUGGUCCUUCGGCAAUCGCAAGCCGAGCCACGGCGGUCGAAGCAGUGCCAGCGGUAUUAGUCCGAGUGCUUCAAGACAUGCCAGCGUGGACUCUAAUUACCUGUCGACCUCACAUGGUGAACGGAGAGAGCCACAUACCCGAUUCAGAAGCUCUUUAGCCCAUGAGUCACCGCGAGAAGUGCCCGGCGAAGAGUCGGAUAGGGAGCAAGAAAUGGGAGUGCUGCCGAAAGCACCGCACGUCGAAGCAGUGCACUAG